AUGGCAAACACAACGCGAGUCAUCAAGUUCCCGCGAGAUGACGAUGAAUCAGCUCAUGUGCUCAUUCAAGUCGCCCAAAAGGGCUCUAAACCCUUGGACGUAAAGCUCGUUGGAACAGAGGGUGAAGCACAAUAUGUGGCAAUCUUGAAACACGAUCGAUUAGCUUCGCUUCAAGUCUCAAACUGUCCCGUCUCCGAAUCAGAAUGGCAGUCAAUUUUGCAAUCUCUGUUCGCGUUACAGCCUGCCGCGGAUAUCCAAGCAACAGCCAGUGUCAAGACCGAGACCUCUUUAUCCAUCACAGUUCGAAAGAGAGUCCAAGGUAUUACUCAACGACUCGGCUCUAUAGAGCUAAAGUUCGAUGCUGAUGAGGUUAUCGAGCUUUUUAAAUGGUGUGCCGAAUCAGUCGACGCAUUGGUACAGAGUAACGCGGCUCUGGCUGAAGCCGCCGCUCAUGCUAAGGAGCUUGAAACCACCGUGAAGGAGCUAAAAUCGCAGCUGGACGAGCUCGUAACGUCAAAGCAAGACGAUGAAACAGCCCUCCUUCAGAAGUUCCGGGACCUUCUCAACGAAAAGAAAGUCAAAAUUCGCGAGCAGCAAAAGGUCAUUGCCGCCGGCUCGUUUCCAAAUAGCCAGUCCGCAUCUCAACGGUUUUCUCAAACAUUGGAUCCCCAGCCAUCUCACACGCCCGCCCCGUCUGGGCCUAGAAAGAGAAAAGUCCAGGCUGCGGCCUCCUCAUCGAAGAACCCAGAGAAUGAUGAAAUGGAUGUGGAAAAGAUCAAGUCUGAGCCCGAGGAUAGCGAACCAGAGAAUACCCCGGAGGACACUGCAGACGACACGGCGUCUGGCGAUAGUGAUGAAGAUGAUGAUGGUAAUGAAGAUAAUGGUGACGGCAAUGUCUCCGAGACAGGAGCUGAUAAUAUCUCACAACCGGCGCCCAAGGCACCUCAGAAAAAGGCCAAUGAGCAGCCGCCUCCUCCAAGGAGCCUCCCGUUUACAAAGAAGAAGGCUCCAGUCAAACCGCCCACAACGGGAAACGAGACAGACUCUGACGAUGAAUUGUGA